AUGUCUAGUUUUGAUAUCCCUAUUAUCCUUGGUAACAAAGAUAAACAAUUACCCAAACCAAUUAAUAACCGUCCCGGAUUAUACGAUGCAUUAUCAGUUAUUCAACCCAAUGAAACUCCUCAACAAUGGGCUAUCCGUGUGAGAGUUCCUUUACAAGAGCUGGUCUCUGAGAGAAAAAGGAGCUUUUACCAUAGAUGUUGCUUAUUCAGUUCGUAUGGCAAGGGGAAGCUAGUUGAUUUUGACUACUAUCGCCCUAGAAUUCAUAGAAGUCACAUGGCAAUAUGUCUUGAUCGUAUGAAACUUACAAAGAUUGAUGAUGUGAAACCUAGGAAAUCGUUCUAUUAUGGUUGGCAAAGAUUUGUGGAAAUUGUCGAAUCUGAAGACCUGAUGCAGUAUGAAUGCGAUAAGCCUAAAACCGGUUUUGGGCAUUCAAGGAUUAUACAAAAGGUUUGGAGAAAGAAAUUAUAA